CUUAGCCGUUAGCUUGCCCCCUCUUACAUCCAAGAAGUGGGAUAUUUCGACAGAUCAGCCCUGCACAGGGAUCAUGAAAAUUUCGAUCCGAUGUGAAUCCGCCAUUUUCGAUCGGAUAUUUCUAAAUUGCGAUCACGAAACUGUUUCACUUCGACUCCAUCCGCUCUUAAAACUCGAUACCCAGAGAGCAGUCGAAUUUGUCCGCAUCUCUAUCUUUUUUUCGAUCUGUCUUACUCUGUUUGGGGCUUGCUUGAGAAAAGAGUGAGGUUAAAAGGUAUCUGACUUUAGAUUAUCAUAAAGAAAAAACGAAGCACUUAUCUAUGAAGUAGAAAUAUUGAAGAUUAGAGAUUAAGAGAAUGUCUUGCCGAGUUAAUGAUACCCACUGGGAGAUCAUCUUUAACUACUUCCAAAUACACCCUAAUUUAGCUACUGGGAGAGCCAUAGGACCCAAUGCUAGACAAAUCCAAAGACAACAAUGGGAAGAAUUAGCAAAUAAUUUAAAUGCCCUAGGUUAUGGAACCAAGACUAGUGAAAAAUGGCAAAAAACAUGGACAGAUUUUAAACAAAAUUUAAAGAAAAAGGCCAUUGAAAUAAAAAAAGAUCAACAGGCCACAGGAGGGGGACCCAGCAAUUCCAAAAAAUUUACGAAACAUGAGGAAAGAGUAUUAUCUAUUUUAGGAUCUUCAUUUUAUGAAGGUAUGGGUUGCUCAGAGGUAGGGCUACCCACCACUGAUGCCGGAAUAUCACCUUUCAUGUUUUCAGAAAAUUCUCGUAAUGUAGAAGUAGAAUUUGUAAAUGAACAAAAUAUUGAACCCCGUGCUGAACUUACUAAUGUAUGUUCUAUGUCAACAAGCUCCACAUCAGCCGAUAUUAUGACAGUUUUUUGUUCAUCACCUACUACACCUUUGGCCCAUGACCAUAUUUAUACACAAAAUAAAAAAAGAAAGAGAGACAAAUACUCUGAUGAAUAUGAGGAAACUAUUAAUGUAUUAAAAGAUAUAAAGAACACUAUUGACAGUAGGCUAGCAGAGAUUGCCAAUAUUUUGCACAAUAUUAUUGACAAAAAAUGAUGUUGCAGUUUCAUCGUUCCAUUUGAGUGUUGUUUGUUUUUGUAUUAAAAUAUUUAUUUUUGUUUAAAUGUUUAACAUCAAUAAAUUUGGA